AUGUUGCCCACGGCGAUUGUGCAGGGCGGCCGGUCUGCCUGGAAAGGUCCAUUCUUCGUCGCGUUCCCGAACUUGCGCAAGGCGUUGGAGGAGAACAUUGCCAUUAAGACGCAGGCACGGUCGUGUACCAUCCUGCCCAACUUCAUUGGUCUUCGCUUCUUGGUCCACAACGGAAAGGACUACGUCCCCGUGACGGUGUCGCAGGAUAUGGUUGGGCACAAGCUGGGAGAGUUUGCCAUCACGAGGAAACGGUUCACCUACAAAGCGACGAAGAACAAGUAGAGUGCUACGCUACCCUCGUCCACCCCGUCAGGGAGGCUGUAUAUAUUCUAUCCCACUGCUAUCGCGUAAUUUUCCCGC